UGGGACCUCAGAAGCCCCGCCCGACCCCGUGACCCCGUGACCCCGUGACCCCCGCCCGACCCCGCGAGCGCCGCAGAGCUGCUAGUCGUCACCGCCCAGCGCAGGCCGUGACCCCUGGAGGAUGCUCGUCAGUGCCCUGCUACGCUGUGAGAGACUGCCCUUCCCGCGCCUGGCCUGGGCCUGGGCCUCCUCCUGGCCGACUCCCGGGAGACCCAGAGGAAGAGGCCUCCUGCACACGCCCCCCACAGCCCCCUCAGACAGGACUGCCCCUGUGUUUACCCGUGCCCUGGCCUUUGGGGACAGGCUUGCCCUGGUGGAUCAGCAUGGCCACCACACCUACAGGGACCUUUAUUACCGCAGCCUUCGCCUGUCUCGGGAGAUCUGCAGGCUCUGUAACUGUGUGGAUGGGGACCUCCGGGAGGAGAGGGUGUCCUUCCUGUGCGCCAAUGACGUCUCCUAUGUCAUUGCCCAGUGGGCCUCGUGGAUGAGUGGCGGCAUCGCGGUCCCCCUGUUCCGGAAGCACCCGGAGGCCCAGCUGGAGUACUUCAUCCGGGACUCGCGGAGCUCUGUGGUUGUGGCCGGCCAGGAGUACGUGGAGCUGCUGCGCCCAGUGGUCAGACGGCUGGGGGUCCCGCUCCUGCCUCUCUCACCUGCCAUCUACCUUGAGGCAGCAGAGAAGCCGGCAGAGGGGCAAGGGCAGGGGCAGCAGUGGGAGUGGGAGUGGCGAGACCGGGGCGCCAUGAUCUUCUACACCAGCGGGACCACAGGGAGGCCCAAGGGUGCUCUGAGCACCCACCGCAACAUAGCAGCCGUGGUUACUGGGCUGGUCCACGCUUGGGCAUGGACCAGAGACGAUGUGAUCCUCCACGUCCUCCCUCUGCACCAUGUCCAUGGCGUGGUCAACAAGCUGCUCUGUCCACUCUGGGUGGGAGCCACCUGCGUCAUGCUGCCUGAAUUCAGUGCUCAGCAGGUCUGGGAGAAGUUCUUGAGCUCUGAGACUCCCCGGAUUAACAUGUUUAUGGCGGUGCCCACGAUAUACGCGAAGCUGCUGGGAUACUAUGACCAGCACUUCACCCAGCCUCACGUCCGGGACUUUGUGCGUGCCGUUUGUGAAGAAAACAUCAGGCUGAUGGUAUCAGGCUCGGCUGCCCUGCCCACCCCUCUGCUAGAGCAGUGGAAGCACGCCACUGGCCACACGCUGCUGGAGCGCUACGGCAUGACUGAGAUCGGCAUGGCCCUGUCCAACCCGCUGGCCGAAACUCGCCUGCCAGGUUCUGUGGGGACCCCGCUGCCCGGAGUGCAAGUGCGCAUCGUCUCUGAGGGCCUGCAGCAGGAGGGCUGCCCCCACGCCGUCCACGCGGAGGGAGAUGAGAGCGGGACAAAGGUGUCCCCGGGGUUUGAAGAGAAGGAAGGGGAGCUGCUGGUCAGGGGACCCUCUGUGUUCCGAGAAUACUGGGACAAACCAGAAGAGACAAGAAGUGCAUUCACCUCGGACGGCUGGUUUAAGACAGGGGACACUGCUGUGUUCAAGGAUGGCAAGUACUGGAUCCGAGGCCGGACCUCAGUGGACAUCAUCAAGACCGGAGGCUACAAAGUCAGCGCCCUGGAGGUGGAGCGGAACCUGCUGGCCCACCCCAGCAUCGCAGAUGUGGCCGUGAUUGGGAUUCCAGAUGUGACAUGGGGCCAGCGGGUCACAGCUGUGGUGACUCUUCGAGAAGGACACUCAUUGUCCCUCAGGGACCUCAAGGAGUGGGCCAGAGGCGUGCUGGCCCCCUACGCCAUCCCCUCGGAGCUCCUGCUGGUGGAGGAGAUCCCACGGAACCAGAUGGGCAAGGUCAACAAGAAGGACCUGCUCGGGCAGUUCUACCCGUCGUGAGCACAGGAGGCAGCGGUGGGAGCUGGAGGACAAGAGGUGGCCCACGAGUUCCUGCUCCCCUGCCCCACGCCCACGGCCACCCCAGGCUCCCCAGUCCUCUGUGUCCUUGCCCCACAAGGUACAGCCUCGCGGUCCUAGCCCGCCCCCCCCCCCCGGGCUGCUGGCCCUCUCCAGGGCAGGUCCCAGGAGGGUCCCGAGGUGCCCUAAGAGAAGAGGUGACGUGAGAUGAACACCCGCCCGUGCUGUGUCACCACCUGCACCCAGCGCCUCCCCAGAGCCACCCAGCCGCCCAGUGCUUCCGGGUGGAGACAGCGUGCCCUGGGCCCCGGGCAGCCUCGCGCAGCUCUGGGACAGCCCGUCACGGCCGCCAGCCGAGGCACUCCUACCACGCAACUCCUGCCACCGUGGGGCCUGCUGUGUGCCAGGUGGGAAUUCAUUCCUGAGGCCACAAGCGACCAUUCCGAUGACGCUGCUCCUGCUCGGCCUCCCUGGCCCCGCUGUCUCCUCCAUCGCCUUCUCCUUCCCAGCCCCACUGCUCCGCGUGCCCGUCCCCGUGGGCAGCACUGAGCCCUGGGAGCUCCUGGCGCAGGCCCUGCUCGCACCCACCACACCUGCUCUCCCAACCUGGGGCUGCUGGCAGAGGGUCAGUGCCCCUGCCCACCCUGGCCGUCGGCGGGCAGCCUGCUGCCAUGGAGUCGCACCAGGAGCAGGCGACGGGAGCAGGCUGCAGUUUACAUUGUCACAGGAAGCGGCUCGGGCUGGGCUGGGCUCGGUGGCAGAGCACUUGCCUGUCAUGUGAGAGGCACUGGGUUCCAUCCUCAGCACCACGUGAAAAAUAAAUAGAAAAAUAAGGGUAUUGUGUCCAUCUACAACUAAAAAUUAUUUUUUUAAAAAAGGGAAGUGGCUCUGACCCAGCCAGAGACCCAGGGCAUUUGGGGAGCUGCUGGAGGAGUGGGCCCUGGACGGUGGCUGGGGGCAGCAGCAGGACCUAGAGCCAGGCCACAGCGCCUCCUGUGCCCAGGGCCCCAUGCAGACUGUGGGGCCACCCUGUCCUUCCCCUCCCGCAUUAGCACCUGCAGGUGGGCUUCAGGCCACUUAGGAGACUGUGCUGCUGCCUCCUGGGAGCAGGGACAGGCGCCAGCAGCUCAGGGUGGCCUGUGGGCCAGGUAUCAGACCCAGUGCCCAGGAGGCCUCCGCCUGCCUCUGCACAGGGACACAGAGGUUCCUUGGGUCGGAGCCUUGCACAGGCCACCAGGAGCCAGGAGCCCUGCACCCCCGGAGUCCUGGUUGGGACCUGAGAGCAUCAACCCACUUGGGCCGGCAUCAUCUGACCCUCCUCCCCAGAGUGGACGUGUUACAGACUUGUCCAGCCCAGACCUCCUAACUCUCAGACCCCAGCCCCACAGGCCGCCUGGGGUUGAGGUUUCCACCUGCUGCCCUAGCUUCUGGCCAGCACCAGGGAGCAGGACCAUUCCAGGUAUGGGGGCCAGCCGGGCACAGCUCCUCGGAAGCAGCAGGUGGGCAGGAGGCUGGGCAGCCAGCCUGGCAACGCUGUGUCCUGGGCCAUAACAGGUUCUGGAGACAGCAGCCCAGUGUGUUGGGAAGACGUCCUGGGGCCACCGGGCAAACCUCAGGUGGCCCCGCCACAGCUAGGUGGCCUUGCAGAGAGCAUGGCCGACCAGGCCCAGUGCAGGCCAUCUCUUUGAGUCUUGCACAGACGCCUGGUGUGCACGUCCACCCCUCCCUCCUGGUCUGCUCUCUCCCCCACCCACAGGCUGACCUCUGCUGGGCCCGGUCUCCUUCCUGGGCGCUGCGUCCCUGGCUGGGCUGGGAAGCGCUCCGUCACCUUCGUCAUCAUGGUCCUUGGGUGCUGUCAUGCAGCUCUCGGUGCCCCUUCUAGAACCUUCCCAGCCAGAGCAGACUACCUCAUCCUGCCCUGGACCCUGGCCCUGGACACUGGCCUGGGUGGGCUUUGGGUCAGUGCCCCCUCACCAGCCAUGGGGCAGGUCAGAGCAGCCUCAUCCCAUGGGGUGGAGCAAUCACGCUAUUGCCACAGGAGCCACAGCAUGGCACGGUGUCAGCUGGCCAAGGAGGCCAGCACCAGAUGGCCACGCUUACACUCAGCUCCUCAUGGGGGUGGGGGACACAGGAGGGGUGGGAGCAGCAGGGUAGGAGAAGAGGUCCAUAAAACACUGGGUCGACCCCACGUCUUUUCCAAGAAGCAGCUGACCUGCAGCCCUGCCUGGCCUCAGUGGACAGGACGUGUCACAGUCCUCAGCAAACCACCUGUUCCCUGCAGGAGAAAUGCAGGCCUAGGGUCAUGUCCAUGGGAGGAGCCCAAGUUACCCUGAGGGGAGACUUCUGUGAGCAGAUCCUGAACUCUGAGAGAUAGGGUAGUUCCUCCUAGCCACGAAAUCCAAGCACAUAUGGUCACGACUCCAAUUAGGACCAGUCGGCAUGCGCCAAGGGGACCUAGAGUGGUCAUGGCAGUGGGGCUUAAAAGUCUGAUCUGUCAGUCAAAAGUCAAGAGGUGGACCCUGGUGGGACUCUCUGGAAAUGUCUGGGAUCCCCAAUAAAACUGGAGUG